AUGCAACCUUGUCUAGUUUGUCAGUCUCCUGGACCACAUGGUUUUCAUUUUGGAGUGAUCAGCUGUCGCGCCUGUGCCGCGUUUUUUCGAAGAGCCGCAUUUUCGAAAUGGAACAGUUUGAAGUGUAAAAGUAAAAUGUGCAAUAUGAAUUUAAAUUAUUGCAAACCAUGUCGUCUACAAAAGUGCUACGCGGUUGGAAUGGAAACUAGUAAUUUCCAAUACCAUCGAGACAGUCUUCAUAACACAAAAAAUACCAUUAUGAUUUCUAGAAAAUCAGAAAUUCCCAAAUCCUUCCAGUCCUUCGUUGGCCGUCCAGAAAUGAUUUUGUUUUGGGAUUCCGAGAAAUCUACAACGAAUAAAACCUACGUAGACGUCAAUUUUCUUAUCGAAGGAGCAACGGAAAUUUUCAGACAACCUAUGGAAAUGGUUCAUUUAACUGAAAAUCGAUUGAAAAGAUUAGCUGUUGGAAUGAAUUCUGUUAGAGGAAAAAAUCAAAAAUAUCAGUUGGUGACAACUAUAUCGCAAAAGGAAAUAUCCAGUAUGUGGCAGUUUUAUUUUAUUACUGUAGCAAAAUGGUUGAUGCAUUUUACGGAAUUUGAGAAGUUGGAUAUGGAAGUGAAGCUAACCAUCCUCCAAACUGUCUGGCAUGUUUGGCAAAACCUAGAUCACCGUUCUUUGAUGGCUUUUCAUCAGAAAAAUAAUCCAAAUUUUCCAAAACAUCAUACAAUCUCAAGAACGGGAGUGUUGUUGGACAAGGCAAAUGUUCAUUUUGAUGCCUCGUGGCUCAGUGAUUAUCCGUCUCGAGAAGUUGGCGGAUUUCUCCGAGUUCCUGGAAAUGAUAACAUUACUGAAAAACUGAAAUCACUGGAUCCAACUGAUAUUGAAUUGACUUUCAUGCUUGCUCAGCUUUCAUUUGAAUAUGCUGGAAAACGAUGUCAAGGGAAAAUUCUGGAAACGCUGGAACAUUUCCAGAAUCUGCUUGCGGAUGACAUACAUCAAUAUUAUACAAAAGAGCUUCGAAUCGAUAAUUAUUUUGAUCGAUUAGCGAAACUGAUGAAAAUCAAUAAUUCGAUUCAGAAGAAAAUCUGGGAGGCCAGACCGAGAAUGGAGCUGGCGAAAGUGUUUAAUUUGAUCAAAUUGGAUUUUUCGCAUCCCGAAAUGUUUAUUGAUUCGGGUUAUAAUUGA